AUGUACAGGGAGCAGUCCUUCUCCUCCACCCAGACCGGAAGUUGGGAGACAAGCGAGGGCAGCCCAGAGCGAAAGGAAGGCAGCUUGCCUCGUCCGAGGACUUGGCACCCUGCCACCCGGGACUACAAACUCAAGAUGAUGGCGAAGACCUUCUUGCAGGCGAACGGCUUCAUGCACAUCAACGAAGCCCAGCAUUCGUGGGGCUACCCAUUGCAUGUGGCAGUCUCCCAGAACAAGCCUGCGAUUGUGAAAGCUUUGUUGCUCCUGGGCGCGCGGCGCAAUGUGAAGACGCGGCGGGGCCUCACCCCGGAGGACCUUGCACGGCGCAGCGGCUUCCAAGAAGUCCUCAAUGUUUUGGAACAGGCGACGCUUCAGAAAGCGAGCACGCUUGAAAGUUUUUGCUCGACGGAUGGCAUGGCGAGCAUCCAAUCGUGA